CCCUCUUUGGUCUGCCGUGAUAGGAAAUGGUGAUGACGACAGCGCGUAAAUCGGCUGCUGGUAACCACAGGCGCCCCGAUUACGCCUUGAGAGCGGUGAACACAAGUACCUGCCUUGCAGCCAGCCGACACGGUCAUCCGCAGAACUGGGUAGGCGCGCGUUCCCAGAUGGAUCACAUAGGAAUGAUGCGCUUUCUACUCUUCCUCUCACCGCAAACACUGUGAUUUUUUAUAUAUUUUAAACGUGGUGCAUUUUCUGCAGCUAGUCAAACUUUACAAGCUCAUCUGACUAUUUCUAAGAGUCAAAACUAAAUCAACCAAAAUGUCAACGACGCCCGAAAGCUCCCCCACACCCAACCAGAGCCAUCUCUCUACGGCCAGCUCUGACACAGCGGACCCCUCCGGGAUGGAGAGACGGAUUCAGCUCCUGCUUUUCGGCUUGUGCGUAACCAUCGCCGCCGCCACCUUAGUUGGAGGCGUGUACUCGCUCCUUUCGCUCCUCCGGAUGAGGAGGAAAACCUCGCUGUGUGUCAUAGUGGCUUCCAUGUCGAUGGACGACCUGCUCAGCGUGGUUCCCCUCUCCCUUUUUAUGCUCCUGCAGUGGGAGACCCGCCAGGGUGAGGGGUCGGGCAGCCUGUGCACUUUGUCCGGACUUCUCUACGUGUUCCAGGGGAUUUCCAGCAACAUGAAGGCUUGCCUUAUAGCAGCCUACACUUUUUAUGUCACCAAGAGAUUCGGGGUGCUCCAGUCCGUCCGCCGGCCGUUGAGAGUCAUGUGGGCUAUCGGCGGUGUGUGGGCGGUGAGCCUGACCGUCAGCGUGCUCCCGUUGUGCGGAUGGGGCAGCUACACGCCGGCCUCUCUCGGCUGUUUCCCGGAGAGCGGCAGCUUUUACACAGUGCUGCUCUUCUCAUUGUAUCUCAUGUGCUUUUGUGGCUUUUUGUGUUUCUUUAUUCCCCUCACGUAUCAGCUGCUGUGCUCCAGAGAGCCCCAGAGAACGUUACUCUAUCCGGGCUAUCUGGACAUGGCGAGGGGACUGAGCGGCUCUGCUCUUUGUGAGCUCCCGUCCUUCUCUCGGGACAGCCUUGACAGAAGUUUCGGAGCAUACAACGAACUGAGCCCGAGUUCGUGUGGGACACGGGUCAGGGAGAAGGAGGACAGCGGUCUGUCCCCUGUGUCUGCCAGCGGACAGAUGGGAACUUCGGUAGGAGAUACACCUGUUGUGUUCGCGCAGAAGCGCUUCUCCAUGAUUCUGGCGGUCCUUCGAGUCAUUUUAUGGAUGCCGAUGAUGACUUUGGUCCUCAUAGGGCAUGCGGCGAACGCACGCAGCUCUUCUCUGGAGACCCUGAGCUUUUUUCUUACUCUGCUUGCACCUGCGGUCACUCCCCUCUUCGUGCUGUCAGAGCGCUGGAUUCAUAUGCCAUGUGGCUGCUUCAUUAACUGCAAGCAGGAUCCAAAGCAGGAGCCUUCAGGGAUGAAAAGAAGAUUUGAGUUCAACCUUUCCUUUCAGCAAGGCUAUGGAGUCUAUAAGCUGUCACAUGCCACCAAGUCUCUAAGGAGCCCUUCUAUAGAAAAACCCACUUAUCACAGUCUUUUUAACUGUGACUUCCCAAAUACACGCCUUGAUGCGCUAGAACCUGGUGGGCUCUCAGGACUCGGUCCCAGUUUUGAUUUCAGCACCCCACUCAUGGCAGACAGCUCCUCUCAUGCGGGUCUCUAUUUAGAGGCCACAGCCAGUGUAGAGGGUGCAAUGCCUGAUAAUCCUGUACUUCCUCAUGAGAACCACAGGGACGAUGAGGAAUUCCACUGUGUCCCCAAUGUAACUUCUCAUCUCCGGGAAAAGGAUCAUGCUCUAAAUGGCUCAUCAUCGGUUUUCGACGGGCCAGAGAGGAGGCUCUCGCAUGAGGAAUGCCGGAAAAUUGAGCUGACGGAUUGGGAGUGGUGCAGAAGUAAAUCAGAAAGAACACCCAGACAGAGAUCAGGUGGCCUGUCAAUACCUCUGUGUGCCUUUCAGGGCACUGUAUCUCUCCAAGCACCCACAGGCAAGACACUAUCUCUUUCCACCUAUGAGGUCAGCAGUGAUGGCCUCAAAAUCUCACCCAACAAUGCAAAAAAGGUGGAAGUGUAUCGCUCAAAGUCCGUUGGCCAUGAACCCAGUGCAGACGAGCCAGGAUCUGGAGGCCAGGCUGGAGACGCGAACGUCAGCUGUGUUGGAAUGGAGAUCGGCAUGGGGAUGGGAAUAGGAGCAGUGGUUGGGGACACCAACGUCAAAAUACACCUUGAAGUUUUGGAAAUCUGCGAUAACGAGGAGGCCAUGGACAGUGUCUCCAUUAUCUCCAACAUAAGCCAGUCCUCGACGCAUGCCCGCUCGCCGUCGCUGCGCUACUCUCGCAGGGAGAACCGCUUUGUUUCGUGCGACCUGGGCGAGACUGCGUCUUACUCCCUGCUCAUCCCCAGCAGCGGCAAUACUGAGGCAGAGACCAUCAAUAUCACUAUUCCUGACACGGUGGAAGCUCACCGUCAGAACAGCCGACGGCAGACGCAGGAGAGCUCUGGGUAUCAUGAGGAUAUUCAGCUGCUUAAUGAGGCUUACAGAAAGCAAGCAGGCGAGGGGGAAGAGUGAGAUAUGUACACAAUAACAAAGGGGGGGCUCUCAGGGGGUGGAUGAAACAGCAACUCAGGCAGUAAAGUCAGCAAGACAAAUAUCCUAAUCAUUCCACAUUUUGUCUUUUAUGUUCACAGCUUUAACAGAGCUGAGAGGUUAUAUGAACAGAAACUCAUCUAAAGUCGUAUAAUAGCUUCUUUGCCUACUCCUGUACUUCUUCAGGUAAAAAGAUGAAAGCACAUACAUAUCCAUGUGUACAUUAAACAGAGAAACAUAAGAUAGCAAAAAGGCAUUUUAAAAGUAUCCAUACCUCUUGAACUUUUUCACUUUUUGUCUGCCUUCAAAAGUCAUUAAAUUAUUAAAAACCUG